CCCCGCACUCCAUCGCCUCGCCGCCGUUCCCCGCAACACCCUGUCGACCCAAUCUCACAUCCUCCUCUCGCCCGCCCGAGUCUUCUUCGCCGCCAAAAGCAAAUGACGAUGCUCUACGAAAUCCACUCCCAUGCCCAAAUCCAAGACCUGCAGGCCCGCCCCGAUGAGCUGGGCCACUCCAACAAGCGCAUGGAUGUGAAGCUUGUCUCUCUGGAGUCGGUGCGCAUAGCGCGCGAGUCGUAUGCACUCCUCUGCCCGCUGAUCAUGGAGUCGAGGAUGUGGUUUUGCCCGGAGCUGGAAAUCCUCUCGGAGCUGGCAAGCUUGUCGCUGGAAAUCCAAAAGCUCAAGCAUGAUGUGUUACCCCAGCUCACGGUUCAGGAGGCUAAGCUGGAAACGGGCGCCCUGGAAGCCCUCCUACUCAUGAAGAACUUAGCUGAUGCGCUCUUACAUAUGAGGAAGUGCUUUAAGGAAGCCUUGGGCGUUUGGGUUUGCGAGGAUUAUGUGGUCUCAGCCAAAGUCAAAAAGCUGAGCAAAAUGCUAAAGGAUAUUGCUGUCCCGUUGCUUCAGGAGCGUGAAUGCAACAUUGUCUGGCUUCAGGAGCGUGUCCCGUUGCUGCUCCAGCUGAUCACCGAUGUGUUGGAGACCCCGGUUCAUUUCUGUGAUUCUGGUGAGUCUUCUGAUGAGUCUUCUGAUGAGUAGACUUAUCAGCCAGCUCGAGGCUGUUGUGAUGAGUAUUUCUUAGGGGCGUGGCAAACAGUUUAGAAUCAACCCUUUAUGUUUGUAUGUGUUAUUAAUGGAUUUUAAAUGAUAUGUAUCUUGGGUGGGUAGUGUUUUCUCAUUC